GGGUGUCACUUGAUUUCAAUACUGUUUACAGAGGCCUGAUUGUUACAAGUGUUUGUAAAAUAAACAUGUUUUCAGAGAUAUGCUGGGUGCAUGUGUCCCUGGUGAGUGAAAUUUUCUGAGUGUUUCUGAAGAUAGACAUCUGCCCUUGUUUAUGGAUUCCUGGCAAAAGACGUCCCACUUCAGAUUUUGAUUGGCUGGACUAGGCUAGCUGGGAGGCUGCUUUAAUCUGCAUCCUCCAAUUAGAGGAAUAUCAAGUGAUGAGGGGCUUAGGAGUGAACCCAGCCACCUGCUACAUAUAGUGGUUAAAUUAAAAUUUGGUAUAGCUUUGGUCCAGAAAGACUUGGCUAAAAUUACAAUUUCUGGACGUCAGAGUUUAGGAUUUCAAAAGAGCCUGGUUUCAUGUGUCCAGUUAACUUGGACUGAUUUGCUGUCACGCAGCUGGCUUCAGGCAUGGCCUAAGCCACUCUCGUUAAACCAAGAAAGGGACCACCUCUGCUGCAAAAAGGAAAAGUGAACUAAUUGUGGGCUGAACGUAAUUAUUUUCAAAGAACUUAACCAUAGUAAAUUAAUUAAAGGUUCCCCUAAUUUGGACUGUUUCCAUACAAAAGAAUUGAAUGGUUUUGGGAUAUUAUGUAAUGAGGAUGCUGUAAUGGGCUGCAUAUGUUAGGUAGCAAAACAAGAAAUGCAUACAGAAUUUUGAUUGGGAUGUGUCUUGGGAAUGUCUGUUUGAGAGACCAGAAGAAGGAGCUUAGACAAUAAUGAUAAAAUCGAUCUUGGGGAAAUAGGUUUUGAGGGUGGCAGAUGCCUCAAGGCAGUAUCCAUUGGCAGGCUGUAGUUCUCACAGUGUUGAAUGUUCGAGUUCUUCUGCUGGAGAGCUGUCUCUUGGUGUGAGAAAGGACAGUGAUGUAGAAUCCUGAGAACAGCACACAGUAUGUCCCCUAGAGAUAUGCAGACUUGGCAUAAUUUGUGUUUGUCUGCUUACAGGCCAACAUUCACCAUGUCAUUUAAGAAGAUUGUAUUGAAGAGCACAACAAUGAUGUCACUGAAUGAACGCCUGGAGUAGAAUUUUAAAGUAGGCCAUGGCUACCAUUUCAUCAUUCACAGUGCCCCAGCAGUCAGUGCUGUCUGACUUGAGCAGUUGAUAAAGUACUGACAGAGCUGAAUCCUACUAAUUGUUUGGUCUGUUUGACAAAGGGGCUGCCUCCCCAUGAAGAACACGUGUUGUUAUGGCGGGAGAGCCAAUGUGUUGUAGCUUUACACAGUGUUCACUUGCCUGCCCCUUAACAUGCAGCACUCCUCACUAAUCAUGGCCAUAUUUUGUGGAACAAUGCAAAUGAGAUGACACACUUGCUGCAUGCAUUAAACACAUUGCAACCAGUCUUCUGUUGGGAAUUCUCAUGAUAGAGUCUCCCGGAAAGUAAAUGCAACUUGCGAUGGCGUAACACAGGCAGAAAGCAGCCCACUGACAUUUCAGGCUCUGGUAUCAUUUCAGAAUAUCAACAUGGCAGUACAUAUAUGUAGCGCACAGGUUACAAACAAUAGAGCUCACAGAUUGGGAGACAUGACUGCAGGCAAGAGUGACAAGAUAUCAUGUGAAUGGUGGGAGGUAUUCACCAGAAAUAGCAGUUGGUAUCUCUGACAAUGUUUAAAGAAAAAUGAGGAACAUUGCGGUAGCUACAUAAGCACUUGCCACUCGGACGGUGGUCAGAAUGAGCUCCAAAGCUGUUGUAACUAAAGCAAAAGGCAGCAAAGAAUAUUUUGCAUCACUCAAAAGGGAAGCACUGCUUCCUAAUUUAAACAUAAAUUGAUGUAACCUGGAGGCAUUCCAAUGUUGGCAUCACUGAAUGAUGAAUGGCAUGGCAGUUUCAUGUAGUUGUAAGUAACACUGCCAUGAUCAGAAAUUGUAAAGAGAAUGAGUGGGCAGGUACCUAGAGCCUAGUGGAGAGACGGUGAGGACAGACAGUUGGGUUGUCUGUAGACGCAUCCAAGUUGCAGAAGACUGGUUCGUGAGAGUUGCAAGUAACAGUCGGAGUAUUUCACAGCUUUACAUGGCUCCGAAGCAACCAUGAAAACACAAUUCGGAACUUGAGGGAAAACAGUGCUGUCCAGCAUCAGGCAUCUGUGAAGAACCGUCGGCUGGCACAGCAGAUGGAGCGUCGCCCAGCUGUGAUGGCUGCUCUCAAGCUUAAGAAGAGGAGUUUGCGGCAGCGACUGGGGCAACCAAUGGCGAGUAAUGUGAAGGACAGACUCACACUCACAGGAUCUGCAAGAGGCGGACGUGGUAAUGCCCGCACUCGAGGCAGAGGUCGCAGUGGGGGCAGAGGACGAGGUGGCAGGCUUGCCCGAAGUCAGAGUAUGCAGUCACUGAAUCGAAGCAACAGUGGAGGAGAUACAUUCAGGUUCCGACGAGGACAAGGGCGAGUUUUCCGCGGUAACUCUCAGCGUCGGCCAUUCAGGAGAGGAGGAUGGCCUGGUCUGGGAUCACCACGAGGAGGCCGUGGCUUGCGUGGAGGUCGAGGUGGAGGUGUUGGGAACCGGUUCACACGAGGCAGAGGAGGUUCAUUUAGGCGUAAUGGGCGAAUGCGUGCAGGACGCGGGCGUGGUUCACGUGGUCGGCAGAUGCAAGCCGUUCCCUCAAAAGAAGAGCUGGACUUGCAGCUGGACCAAUACAUGGCGAGUACAAAGUCACACCUCGACAGGGAACUGGAUUCUUACAUGAAUCAGGCACAAGAUGAAACCUGGGACUGAGCACAAGUUUUCUGCCUUGAAGCAAUCUUAUUACUUAACUGUGUGUGUUAUGAGUGUUUUGAUAAAGAAAUUGUGUUUAAUGCUGACAGUUUGCAAAUGAGUCCGAGUAUUUGUUGUAGGUAAACAUGUAUUAGUUUCAUUCGCCUGUCAGUGAACAAAAAUAUAGUCUGGAAUCUCAGGAUACAGCGAGAUAUGGAGUGAAGUUGUUCAACAUAAUUCUGGAAGACCCUGAUGCAUUGUAUUUCAGGUUAUUCAUUGUUCAUGCAGAAAGUCACAGUGCAGAGUGGGGUUGCUUGUAUUCUGGACAUAUCAGGUUUCAUUGUGGCUGGAGUCGAGCCAUGCUUUGAUGGAGGUUUUACACGAGAACUUCCUCUAAGUUGAAAAAGUAUGUAAUGUACUAAGCAAAACUGUCAGACAUAAAAGUGGAGCACCCAGCUGCAGUCUUUGGGGCACUGAUUUGUUGGAGUCAGUUUGAACGCUGUUACAUGGAUAUGUGGUACUGCAGACAUUGCAUAGAAAACUGAAUAAAACUUGAAAGCAUGAGAUAAACAGGGACCUUUGUAAAUCUAAUAUUGUGUGUUUAUAUCACCAAUUUGUGCAUUAAUGUUCCACAAUGUUUGGUCAUCUUACAUCAUUCUCUCAUAACCUAUUGUAUUUUUUGUUGUCAUUUUCAGUGUUCUCUGGGUAUUGUGACAAUUCAGGUUUACUGAAAUCUGUUGCCCGUUUUCAUGGUUUUAAGUUUUAUACUGUUCUAAGGGACUGGUGUAUAUGUUGUGUGUUUGCGAAGAAUAAACUUGCUAUAGGAAGUCA